AUGGCUUAAAAUCCUUUCGCAGUUAAAAAAAAGAACUAAGUUGCAUUCAAGAAUCCAUUCGGAAUAAAAAAUCCUAUCCAAAGCGGACAAACAGAUGGUAUUUAUAACCCUUAAGAUGGUGGUUGGGGAGAUACAGUUUAAGCUGAAGGAGUAGAUGAUAUACAAUAGUUUGAUAGUUAGAAUGCUUUUGAAGUUAGUUAAGGAAUCCCUAAUAAUGGUUUCAGCAACACUUUUUAAUAGCCUGCUAAACCAGCUGUGCCAAACCCAGUUAACUAAAAGAAUAUUGCUAAAAAAAAUCCCUUUCCUUAAAAGCCCUAAAACGCAGGAAAUCCUUUUGCUUUUAACCCAAAUGCACAACCUAAAGGAUAAGAAGAUUUAUAAUUUGAUAACUCAAGCAGUUUAGACUUUUAAUUCAAUAUGGUAGAAAAUACAGUUACCAAAUAAAAUUCAAAUUAAUAGGGAUAACAAUAACCUAAGAGGUUUGAUCCCAACUAAGCCUAAUAGCAAUAGCAAUAAUAUCAAUAAUAGUAGUAUCAAUAAUAGUUAGGUUAUUCAAAUUUAGGUUUUGAUCCUAACAAUGUAGAUCCUGAUAAUGAACCACCACUUCUAGUUGAAUUGGGUGUAGACUUAAAUAGCAUUAAAAUUAGAACUUUAUCAGUCCUUAAGUUUUAAAAGUGCGAUAUUUAAUUCUUAGAAGACCCUGAUAUGUCUGGACCUAUCAUCCUUGGAUUCAUCUUUGGUUUUCUCUUGUUGUUGAGUGGUAAAAUGCAAUUUGGAUAUGUCUAUGGAUUCGGAAUCAGUGGUACUCUAGCUAUAUACUGCAUAAUGAACUUUUUGAGCAUGCAUAGAGAAAUUCCAUUAUAUAAUACAUUGAGCAUUCUUGGUUAUUGCCUCAUGCCAGUUAUAAUCUUAUCCUUCUUUAAUGUAUUUAUAAGUUUAAGAUUCUCUAUAGGUUAUGUAUUCGCUCUUUUGAGUAUCUUGUGGUCUACUUAUGCUGCUACUAAUUUUUUCAAUGAACUUAUCCACUAAGAACAUCAAAAAUAUUUAGUUGCCUACCCUGUUUUCCUAUUUUACAGCAUUUUUGUCUUGCUUACUAUCUUUUGA